CUUGGCUUCGCACGACGUAUGGGUCUACCAAGAACGUAGUGAAAUUCUCAAAACCAUCGGCUGUGGGGUGGGCGCUAUGGCUGCAACAGCUGUUCCUGUCCUGCUAUCUGUCUAUUCUUCUGUCUAUCAAAAUAAUUAAAACAAAACAAAUCGGGAAUUGUGGGAACAAACAAUUUUAAGGAAUAUUAUAGUGAAUUUUGUGUAAAUUAUGGCAGAAAUAAAUCAAGACACGAAUUCUGCUCAGGGAUCGUCCAAGGAGGGUUGGUUCAAUUCCUGGUUAAACUCUGCUAAAAAUAAGAGCACUGAAGUACUAGAGUUUGUCAAAAAGGACCUAGAAGAGUUUGGCACGGCUGUCAAAAAUGAAGCUAGCAGCUUGAUGACAUCUGCAGGCUCAGUCGUGGAACAGACACUUAGACUUGAAUCUCCAAAUUCAACUGCCAGCAAUGUAAAAAGAAGCUUUAGUACCUUUCUUGGUCAAGUGAAUACAGUAUUAAACCCCAGCCCAGAUGAUGAGGACACUGAAAUUUUGAUUGUAGAGAACGCAGAGACCCACGAGCUGAACCACUACCAAAAAGCUCUUUAUAACCUCCAAAAAGACGUUGAAACCUAUUUGACCAAUCCCAAAGAUGAUUUAAAACAACAAUACGAUUGUUGGCUAGAGAUACUUGAGCCAGAUCAACUGUCAGAUGACAGAAUAGCCAAAUAUGUGAAUAGUUCAGAAGUUUUAAAGAGCAAUUAUUCCAGACUGGUGCCAGACAUAUUGGAACAUCAAUUGUUUUGGAAAAGAUAUUUGUUUAAAAAAGCCCUGUUAGAAGACGAUUUAGCCAGACAAGAGUUGCAAGAGAAAUUCGAGCAGAAAAAACGCGAGGAAAUAUUGCAAGAGGAAUUGGACGAUGAUAACAAUAUUGGGGUGUUGACUGAAGAACAACAGAUAGCACUAUUGGAGCAAUAUGAAAAGGAGCUGGAACAAUAUGAUAAGGGUCAAAAAAGUAAGAAUUCCAAACUUGCAGUGAACCAGGAUAACGUGACAGGUGUGAUUAUUCAAGCCCCAGGACCAAUUAAAAGGAAAACGUCAAAAGCAAACGAAACUGCAAGUGACAGCAGCAACUGCAGCACAGAUGACGACUGGGAGAAGAUCAGCGACAUCGAAAAAUGAAUAAACAUUCUUCGUAUUUGUAAAUAAUAUAUGAUGUAGGUAUUAUUAUCUUUCUGUAUAUUGUAGGAUGUAGGUUUUUACUUUGGUAAUUUUAGUCUUUCCAAAUAUUUACUAAAAAGCAUUUUAUCUCUUCUAGUGUAUUGUAUUUUAUCCUUGCUAUAAAAUAAUGGAAUAGAUCU